AUUUCAUUGCAUUCAGCUCUCAAAGGAUAACCACCUCCAAUAUACACAACAUAAAUGUGACCAAGAUUAUGCAUAUAACCACACACACAUACACAUAUAUAACACAGGGAAACAUAGUCUAGUUUGGAUGUAUACAUGUAUACAUGUCGAGAAAAAAAGAAUCUUGUGAAUAUUAGGAAGAUACUUUCAACUGGCCAUUUAUAUGGGAGCAAAAGGCCAAAUGCACGUUCCCUAACUUGGUGCCACUGCUGAUAAAAUCCUUCCACACCAUGUUGCUUUGAUGCAUAUAAAACACACUUUUUUCCCCAGGAGCUCAAAGGAAGCUUCCACUGAGAGAUUUUGCUUUGUUUUACAAGCUCCACAAAAAAUCAUCUGAGGUGAACUGGGCUGAUACAGCUUGACUGCCCCCCCCCCCAUGUUAUCAAUUGUUGUUUUAUCAAGUAAAUGCUAAAAUGUUAUCAACUUUGUUUGUUAAACUGAGUUAUAUAAUGACCUAUCUCACCAGCUGGGAGACAAGCAAAAGAUUACAAACCAACCGAAAGAAAACAGCAAAAAAAAAUAAUACAAUAAUAAGUGCUUAAUAAUAGAGGGAAUCUAAAUUUAGCGGCUACAACUGGAACCAACAAUUAGGCUGUUAAGCAAAGCAGUUGUUAAGUGUUAAUAUGACUGUGCUUAUGAUCUUACUUCAGUUCUCCUUUGCUUUAUAGACCUGCCAAGGUAGUAAAUCAAUGGAUCGAUCACAAAGUGGGUUUUUUUCAUCAUCGUCAUAAAUGUGAACAGUUGUUGUCCAAAGCAGUUGCUAAGUGAGGACUAUCUGUAUAAAGAGAGAUUUGUUCCUUGUCUGUCUGAGAUUAGGAUUUUUCUUGACACAGAUGCAUUAUUAAAAGCACAUCAGAAGUGCAAAUAAAAAUAUAGAAAUCAACCCAGUGCUGUUUGGUUUUAGCUAGGUUUGAUUUUAUUCCUGUUUCUUGGAAAUGGUUAUUCCAACCAUUUCUGAUUCUCCCUGGUGUUUUCUGGCCCAACCAGAAGAUGAUAAAAAAAAGUCUUCUGGAUUCCUUGCAGGACUCUAAGAUUUUCAAAAGUCUUUGGCUACCCCACAACGUGAAAUAAAAUAAAAGGGUUAUACCUCUCUCUCUCUCUUUCUCUCUCUCACUCUCUCUCUCAAAUAAAAUAAAAUAAAAUAAAAGCAAAUUAGGAAGAAGAAAAGGUCCUUAACAGCUGUGAUGGACUUGUCUGGAAAAGCUGUUUGCUCCAACAUGUCCUUCCUGUUCCUUGGAGAGCAUUUUAUCACAUCCUUAUUAUUAUUUUCCCAGCUUUCUCCUUUUCUUCGCUCACAGCAGCUGACAUCCGAUCCUUUCUCCCCGUCUUGAUUUGAAUGGCCCCCUCCCUCUCUCUUGCUCUCAUUCUCUGUGGGUCCUUUAGGAGAGCCAGAUGUUCAGACAAAGGGUGCCAAAAGACAGCUGGAGGUGAAGGUAGAAUGGGAGGCAAACUGCAUUUUUGCACCACGUUCUUUACAACUACUUUAUGCCUGGUGUUUCUGCUCUACCCGCCCUGGAACUAUGCAAAGAGGCGCUGGAGAAGACAACUGAAGCUGGUGGAGAAGUACGACGAUUAUGAGGACUCUCUUCAUCCCCAUAGUGCACACUACCAGAAGAAUGACCGGUGUCCACCACCAUCACAGACCUUACCAGAACGAGCAUGUGAAGCUCCCAGCUGUCGGUCGGACUCUGAAUGCGAGAAGCACAAACGCUGUUGCUAUAAUGGAUGUAUCUAUGCCUGUUUAGAAUCAGUGCCACCACCCCCAGUUUUAGAUUGGCUGAUUCAGCCCAAACCUCGCUGGUUGGGUGGAAAUGGCUGGCUCCUGGAUGGACCAGAAGAAGUCCUACAAGCUGAAACAUGCAGCACCACUGAGGAUGGAGAUGACCCCCUGCACUGUCCAACAGGAUUUGAAUGCCACAUCAUCCAUCCUGGGAAUGCCGCCGAGGGCAUCCCCAACCAGGGCCAGUGCAUCAAGCUACGCGGGAACUCCGAUGGAUGGAAUCUAAGACCCAAAUACUACAAGGACUAUUUUGGACACAGUUCCAGCAAUGGAUUUGGAUACGUGAAGCAAACGCAGAAGCACCUUGGUUAAUUCAAGAAGAAUUCUUUGGACUGGUCAUAUGUGAUCUCAAAAGGAAAAUAAGAACAUUGGAUAGGCAAAGGAUAAACCCUAACCAAGUGAGAAUAAAGCCAGGAGAAUGUAGAUGUUUAAUCUGUUCAUUGCCAGAUUAUUUUGAAUUUCUUUUCAAUAUGCCUCAAAUAAACUUACUGCCAGGGAAA